AUUUAUUUCAUCAGAUUUUAAAAGAUUUUCUUAUUGAUAAGACUAAUUGUCAUUUUCCUUUGUGCUUUUUUUUAUCUCCAACAAGUUGGUAAAUUUUAUUCUUUUUACUUAUUAGAUUGAUUUUAUUGAUGGAGUCAAGUGGGUCUUCGAGUGCGUCAAGUGACGAUGACAGUUUCGAUGAAGAAGGACCAACAUCCUAUCAGGACUGGAGAGCGUACAUUGUGAAAACAUAUCUUAAUGGUAAAGAACCGAGGAGACAAAUUUACGAGGUUUCUGACAAUUUAUUACUUAAAGAGAGAGAAAAUGUUCUUCUACCACAAGCUCAAUCAACACCAACAUCACGUCCAAAAUCUCAGCCAUCAGCUCGUCCAUAUUCACGUCAAUUACAACACCAACAACAAUUACAACAACAAUUACAACCACCACAAUCAUUACCGUUACAAAGGAAUCCACUUAAACAUCAUUUACCAUUAGAAUCAAAUAAAUCAUCUGAUGGACAUAAUUUUAAAGCCAAAGUUGCUAAAAAAGCCAAUCAAUCAUCACCUCAAUGCUCACGGCCAGUGUCAAGCUCUUCAACUGAUUCACAAAAAGCUGAUCAUAAACGUUUUAAAAAACCUGAUAGAGAUGCUUCUGGUAAUCUAAUUACCUUUGAGACAACAUCAAACCCUUUUGCUGUUCCUAAAUCAACCACAGUUGGUAACAAUAAUUCAAAUCACAGUAAAAAUGGCAACACUUCAAUGAGCAACAAUCAUAAUAAUUUUGCCACAGUUACUUCAUCAUUGAACAAAACUACUAGUAUACAAACCUCUAAACCUUCACCACCACCACCACCUCCUCCGCCAUCAUCAUCAUCAUCAUCAUCAUCAUCACGAGUUAGUAAAGGUUCAAAUCAUCCUGAAAAUAAUAUUGUCCCAAUUGUUAAAUCAACUCCGGCGGCUCAUUUAAAGGCACGAAGUGACGUUUUCUGGACUCUUAAUUCAGCAGCGAAACUGUUACAUGUUAAAACUCAAUUAGACGAACCUUCAAAAAUAUAUUUAGACAAAUUAGUUAAAAGCAAUACAAAUUAUCAAAGCGAAAUUGCUAAACUACGUAAAGAUAAACAAGAUUUACAGAAUAUAAUCAAGAUGGUAGAGAAAGUAAUCUCUGACCCAACGGGUGCUCGUAAUUCAAGUUAAAUGGUUAAUUUAACGAGAAGAACAGAAAGAAAAAAGAUUCACAACCGAGAGAAAGAGAAAAAAAAAAUGAAACCGAGAAAAAUAAAAAAAAAGGGAAACAGUUAUUCGGUUAAUUGUUAUGUACAUUUUUACACUUUAUUGUCACAUUUUCCUUCAAAUUUUAAAGAUGCAAAAUUAAACUUACAUUAGAAAAAUUAA